AUGUCUGACCAUGAAGAUAAUCUAGAUCCUAAUCAACAAAAAGAAGAUGAUAUUAGCCUUGAAGAUAAGAAUUCUAUUGAAAUAUUACCAGUUGAUGAUGACAAAUCUUCAAUAGUCGAGAAUAAAAAUCAAGAAGAGCAAGUUAUUGGUAAACUAGAAAAUGAUAAACCUAAACAAGAAGAUAUUUUUUCAUCUUCUAAUCAACAAGAACUGGUACCUAGUCACAAUUCAAUAAACCAUGUUAAUGAACAAACUCAACAACAACAACAACAACAACAACAACAACAAGAUCAAUAUGAAGAUGAUAAUAAUAAUAAUAAUAAUCAUACUAAUAUGACACAAUCAAUAAAUGAACAAUCUAAAAAGAUGAUAGAUCCUGAAUUCUUUUAUAAUUAUACUGAUUAUAUUGUACAACCAAUGAUCCCUGAAAAUUCUGGUAUACCAAUAAAUCUUUUAAAAGUUUCACAUUUAUUCGGUAUGGAUGUAACACGUAGAGAGAAUAUACAAUUACUUCAUUAUAAUAAUAAUAAUCUAUUAUGUCAUAUAUAUGGUAAUUAUUUACAAAUAAUUAAUAUGGAUACAAAUGAUAUCAUAAUGAUACGUUCAAUGAAUGGAAUUGGUAUUGGUACAUUUUGUAUACAUUCACAAUAUAAGUAUAUAGCAUUAGCUGAAAAAGGUAUUAUACCAAAUGUAUGCAUUUAUCAAUAUCCUGAUAUAAAAUUAUAUCGUAUAUUAAAAGAAGGUACUCAAACUGCAUAUACUGCAUGUCAGUUUAGUCCAGAUGGUGAAUUAUUAGCUACAGUUGGCUCUGAUCCUGAUUAUACAUUAACAUUAUGGGAAUGGAGAAAUGAACAAAUUGUAUUAAGAUCUAAAGCAUUUUCACAAGAUAUAUAUCAUAUUGCAUGGUCAAAUGAUUUAUAUGGUCUAUUAACUACAGUUGGUAUUGGACAUAUAAAAUUUUGGAAAAUGGCUAAUACAUUUACUGGUUUAAAACUUCAAGGGAAAUUAGGCAAAUUUGGUAAAAUUGAAUUAUCGGAUAUUGAAGGAUUUGUUAUAUUACCUGAUGGUAAAGUAUUAACUGGUUCAAUAUGGGGUAAUUUACUUCUAUGGGAAGGUGAUUUAAUUAAAUUACAAAUAACACGUAAAAAUAAACGACCAUGUCAUAAUGGGAAUAUUAUGCAAAUUAUUAUAGAUGAAGGUGAAUUAAUGACAAUUGGUCAAGAUGGUUGGAUUCGAACAUGGGAUUUUGAAACUGUGGAUACAGCGGAAUCUUCAGAAGAAGGUGGAUUCUAUGAACUAGAACCAAUGAAUGAAUUACGUGUUGGAAUAAAAGCUAAUUUAAUGCAUAUUGUAAAAAUUCCAUUACCUGAUUCUACAAUGUGGUAUGCUCAAGAUGCCGAUGGAGCUAUAUGGAAAUUAGAUUUAUCCUUUUCACAUACAUCAUUAGCACCAGAAUGUUUAGAAGAGUUCCAUGCUAAUGAUAUUGUUGAUUGUGUAACAUCACCGUCCACUUAUUGUGCAGCUACAGUUGGUCUUGAUGGUAAAGUAUGCAUUUAUGAUAUUGUUCAAAAGAAAAUUCUUGUUUCAAAACGAUUUCCAUCAGGUGGUUCAUCAUUAAUUUGGAGUCCACCACAAGUUGAUCCAAAAGGGAAAAUUUUAAUUGUUGGCCAUCAAGAUGGUGUAUUACGUUUAAUCAAAUUUGGUGAAAAUUCAGAAGAAUUAAUAAAACGUACAAAACAACAAUAUGCUUUAUUAGAUCUUGGACAAGUACUUAAACCGCAUACAUUAGCAAUUACAUCAAUGAUUUAUAGUCCAUCAGGGAAAUUAUUUAUAACCGGAAGUAAAGAUGAAACUGUUUUCUUUUUUAAUGUACAUACUACUCAUUUAUCACCUAUUGGUUUUAUUCAUGUUCAUGGAAAAGUUGUAAGACUAGAAUGGUUUUCUAUGAAUAAUAAAGAAAUGAAUGAAAUUAUUGUUUAUUUAGAAAAUGGUUGUGUAUUAACUGUACAAUGCCCAUCAGAAAAGGAAAAAUAUGAUCAUUCUAAAACAUUUGCAUUGUCUAAUAUUAAAAUAACUAAAUCCUAUCAAUUCAUGAGUAUCAAAUCACGUUUAGAUCAUGAAGAAUAUACAAUGAAUAAAUUAGCACAAUAUGAAAAAGAAAAACAGAAUAGACUAGAAAUUCGACAUAUGAAUGCAAGAUUACAACCGGAAACUGAUGAAGAUAAACAAAAAUUCGAUACUGCCGAGGAGGUUAUUUAUCAAGGUGUACUGUCUGAAAUUGCUAAUUGGACACCUUCUUAUCCAUCAAAUCCAUCACCAUUACUUUAUGGAUGUUUGGAUAAAAACGAACCAAAUCAAUUUUGGGUAUCUCUAGAUGAUUUCGAUAAAGGAUAUUUAUAUAAAUGUGAAUUAGGUGGUCCAUUAUUAACUAUUGAUGAUACCAUUGAAAAACUACGUAAAACAAAUAAACAAACAGAAGAACAAAAUCAAUUAAAUGAUUUAGUUACCAAGGUAACAAAUUUAGAACAAUCCCAAGAUGAUAAUACAAUAAUCAAUAAUGAGAAAAUCAAUGAUCUAGAAAUGAUUGAUCCAAAUGAUAUUACAUUAUUAGAUCGAAUUCAUGCAAUUGAACCAAAUAAAGCAAUUUGUAUAUUAAAUAAAAAAGAUACAUCUAUUACAUAUUGGACAUUUUGUAAUUCAGGUUAUCGUUUAUUGAUUGGUUUCAAUGAUGGUACAAUAUGUAUACAAUUAUUAGAUAAACCAUUUGAUUUAACAAAAUUUAAAGGAUAUUGGAUGUAUCGUUUACAUGAUAAUGAACGUGGACGUGUCAAUCGUAUAGCGCUUACAUAUGAUGAAAAAUUUGUUUUAAGCGCUGGAAGUGAUGGAACACUUUUUGUCUGUGAACUUAUGACAGAAGAAAUGCAAGAUAAAGAAAUUAAAGAGUAUCGUGCACGAAUUCCAUCUACAUUUGAUACUAGUGUAAAAGUAGAUGACAUCAUUGAUCCAAAAGCUUAUAGUAUUGAAGAAACUAAACAAAAAUCAGAACAUGAUCGUCUUGUAGAAUUAGCAGAAAGAAAGAAAGCAGAAACCAGACAAAAAGUAGCAGAAUUGAAAGAUCGUUUAAGAAAAUUAAAAGAACAAAACAAUCGCCUACCAGAAAGGAUUCGUCUACCAACGGAGGCGUUCAAUUUAGUUCCACAAAUUCGAUGUGAUCUACUCAAAGAUCGUGAAACUGAAAUUGAUUUGGUCUAUAGAGAAACAGCUUGGGAAACUGAAAAAAAUAGGUUGGCAUUAGAAAAAUUAGAGAAUGUAUUCAUAAAGCCGUUGGAUUGUGAUCGUAUAACUGUCAAAGCAUUUUGUAGUGGUCACUGUGUAACUUCAAUACGUAUGAAUAAAUUAAGUGAAGAACACAUAAAAGUCUAUGAUGAGAUAAUUAGUAUUCGAGAAAAAUCAUUGAGCAAAGAAAAAGAAGACACAGUAAAGCAUUCUACACAAUUAGAUGUAACUAGUACAUUGGAAUAUGAAUCUGAAAAGAUUAAAAAUGUUACUAAUCAAGUUCAUACAUCAAUAAAAGGAGCACGUGGUUUAAGAAUUGCACAAAAGUUACAUUUACUUGAGGAAUCUAGACGAAAACGAGAUGCUCGUCGAGCUCAGUGGAAACAAUUAGAAGCUAUGAAACCAGCUGAUGAUUAUGAAGAUCCAAGAGAUAUGAAAGAAAUUCAAUUGGCUAAAGAAAAAAUAGGUGAUUAUAAAUUGAAAUCAGCAACUAAUUAUGUAAUACCUGAAAGUAUGAAAUUGAAUACAUUUGAAGUUAAACAUAAACUUCUUAAUCUUGUGGAUCAUGUGUAUCAAUUAAGUCAUGAAUUCAAUGUAUCAUUAAUUGGAUUACGUAAUAAAAAAAUGAAAAUUAUAGAAAAUUUGAAAAAAAUUGAUAAACAAUUAAAAUAUAUUAAUUGUAAUUUACCAUUGAAUGAAUAUGGUAUACGUUUACAUAUUGAUGAACUUGAUGAAGAUGAAUAUCCUGAAAGAAAAUUCAUAUACAACAAUGAGAUUCUAUUGAAUUUUAAAGAGAAUUUAGAAACGAAUAAACAAACAGAACAAACUAAUGUCACCAUAGCAACAACAUUAAAUUUACUUGAAAACCUAUUCUUUCGUCUUGGAUUUUAUUGUCGUCUUUUUUUUUUACUAAAGAAACCAUCAAAUAAAAUACUUUCAUUUACUGAAUGUAUUCCACCUGAAGAACGUUGUCAUUGGAAAGAACCAGAAAUUAUCAAGGAAUUCCGUAAUCUCAAUACGAAUGAUUGUAAUGAUGAAACAGAUACUAUAGAUGUUAUAUGGUUCCCAUUGCAUUGUUUAGCAUCAGAUCAUUAUUAUCUAACUAUAUUAAAUAAUUCAAAUCAAAAUUAUUCUUUAUUGAAACCAUCAUUACAUAAUAUAUUUGAUGAAAUGUCAAUCAAUAAUCCAUUAUAUAAUAAUAAUAAUAAUAAUAAUGAAGCAAUGGAAGAACAUGCACAGCAACAAGAAACUCAAGCAAAAGAUACCGAUGGUACAAUAAAAAUAUCAAUAUAUCAUCCAUUAAGACCAGAUAAAAUGAAUUUCUACAUGAUGAAUGAGAAUAAAACGGAAGAUAUAAAUUUAAAUGAAAUCAAUCAAAGUAGUACAAUGUUACCAUCAUUAGUAAUGGAAUAUGAAGAACAAAAAUAUAUUAAAGCAAUUUAUUAUCGUAAUCAUUUAUUACAAUUAGCUAGUCGACUAGUUCGUUGUUAUGAUAGAGAAAUUCAUUUAUUCCGUCAUCAACGUUAUCAAUUAGGUGUAUUAUUAAAACGUUCUGAACUAUAUCAAUCUACAUUAUAUAAUGAAUAUUGUUUAUUAAAAGAAUUUGAAAAAUCUGAAUAUGUUUUAAUGGAAAAAAUGAAAAAUAGAUUAGAAGAAAAACAAGAUAUUACUAAUAAGGUAAAUGAAUUAACUUUGAAACUUGAACAAAAAAAGAAAGAUCUAGAACGUCUUUCUCAACGUGAACAUCAAAUUCAUGAAGAAUUUAAAACAAGUUUAGAUGAUUCACAUAAAUUUAUAGAAUUUCUUACAAAAGUAUUUAAAAAACGUAUUAAACGAAAGAAGCAAGAAUUAAUUGAUUCAGGUUCUGAUGAUGAAUCAGAAGAAUCUUCUUCAUCAUCAUCUGAUGAUGAUGAUUCCAGUUACGAAGAAAUAGAUGAUGAAAAUGAAAAUGAAGAUGUUGUUAUUAUGGAUUUAGAUAUAUGUCCACCAGGUUGUCCAAUGGAAGAUUUUGAACGUACUUGUUUAAUUAGAGAGAAACGUCUAGAUGUUGAAGAAGAAAUGACUGAAGAAAAGAAAACAUUAGAUAUAUUACGUAAAGAUUUAGAUAUAUUUACUAAAAAACAACGUGUUGUUGAAACAACAUUAAAACAAGCUCAAAAUGAAUUGGAAGCAUUUCAGUUAGAAAAACAACGUAAAUUGAAUGAAUUGGAAAUUGUUGUUAUAUUACGAUUAGAUCAAAUAGCUCAACAUUCUAUUCCAUCGGAUAUGACAAAUAGUUUAAUAUUUUUAAAGCAGAAUUUAUAUUCAUUACAAAAACGUAUUCAUGAAUUAGAAUUAGAGCAGAAACAACAAAGAAUUGAAAGAAAACAAGCCAGAACACAUCAUAUUAUGUUACAGAAAUAUAAAAAAUUAUUCCAGAAAGAAAUAGAGAAAUUAUCAGCUUUAUGUGAUAAAGAAAUGAAUGAUAAAUUUGGUAGAAUAGAUGAUAUUGAAAAAAUGGAAAAUGUUAUAGUAAAUCCUAAACUAGAAGAUUUAACAACAAAAAUGUUGGCACUACAAGAGGAAUUCACAAAAGAAGAAGCGAAUAUAGAGGCUAAAAUACGUGAUGCAAGAGAUUCAUGUAUGGGACAAAUACGUCAAAAUACGGUUUAUUUAACAAAAUUAUUAACACUUUUCAAUGAAAAUCAACAAUUACAAAAUGAUUUGAAUCAAGCAAAUGGUGCAAAAAUUGGAACUAUUCAAAGUUCAUUAGGAAUUGUUGAUUCGAAACAAUUAAAACAACUUUCACAAUUAGUUAAAUUACAAAGUGAUGAGAUUAAUAGUUUAACACAAGAAAUUCAAAAACUUUCACGAUAA